AUAGGGUUGUCAAGAGGCUAGAAAUUAAAGUUAGCAAUGGAUCACCUGAAACUGAUACCAGAUAAACUGUCUGUCGAAGAAGUUAGUGAUUUGGUUCUGGACAGCCGGUGUGGAGCAGUUUCUGUAUUUGUUGGGAUCACCAGGGACAGCUUUGAUGGAAAAAAGGUGGUGCGUUUGGAAUACGAAGCGUAUGACUCUAUGGCCUUGAAGGCUAUGCAGAGUAUCUGCGAUGAUGUCAGAGACAAGUGGCCUGCGGUCCACAGCAUUGCAAUGUACCAUAGGUUAGGCUGCGUGCCAGUCAAAGAAGCCUCGGUCGUAAUAGCUGUGAGCAGUCCCCAUAGAGUGGACUCUUUAGAAGCCGUAUCCUACUGCAUAGACCAGCUCAAAGCGAGUGUGCCGAUAUGGAAGAAAGAAGUGUACGAGGAUCAGGAGCCUGUUUGGAAGGAGAACAACGAAUGCAUAUCGAAGGAACAAAUAAAACCACCAGAAAACAUAGACAAGAAUCUUGUACAAAUCAAUGUAUCGAGUGAGGAACUCGAGAAGAGAAUACAGAAUUUUAUUGCGAGAAAGAGAGAGCAAGUUAAUAUAAGCAAUAUACACGACUUCAUUCCGUCUAAGGGCGAGAGUGAGACUGAAGAUAUGGAGACGUGCGCUAGAGUGAGAACGCAGUUCGUAAAGCGGAGCGAUUCUAAGGGACAUUUGAAAAUUCGCAGAGUAUACAAUGAAUGGGGCCCACAAACCGUGUCCAGGCACCACCCUUAUAUAAAAGAAGACAGCUCUCAAAAUCUACCUCAUUCCAUCGCCGAAAGAGUGCAAGCGAUCGAAUCCUUCCUGAACACCGGACCCGUUGCACCGGACAUAUACAAGCGGCUUAAAGAUAUGGAGGACAAAAUCGCCUAUCUACAGUCUAUUUCGCCCGAGUACGCGAUGUUUUGGAAAAACAAGAAAGUGGAAACGGAAGAAUUGCCAGAAACUCAAUCGGAAUACACCUUCACUGCGGAAGAUAUAGCUAAGAGAAUAGAGUUGUUGGAGAAGCAACAGUAGCAUAGUAGAAUAGUAGUACUAUGAAAAUAAAUCUUAAUUUGGAAUACCCCGCGAAAAGCAGGAGAAUGUAUCUACGGUGUAAUUUACAAUUUCUUCAACCUUUAUACUCCACACCAAACCAGUGGGGUGCAUAGAGAUUUGACGGAUUUGACGGCCGACUGGCGCAGUGGGCAGCGACCC